AUGCUGAUAUUUUAUGAGAGCCAAUCAGUUCGACUACACAAGAUCUUCCAAUUCAUAGAUGGGUAUAAGGCAGAACACAACUUAAAAGGAUUUCUUCACGUUGGCUUUGAUUAUGCAGUAUUUAUAAGAACGCCAAGACCACACGAUAAAUACAUUGUGUACGAAUUGUAUGAAGCUAGAAAUGUUCCUGACAGUGAAGUAUAUAAACCGCAAAUGCUUGCGAUAGCUGAAGUACCAAUAGAUUACUUAAGGGAACAGCUAACCAUUUUUAGAAAUGAGCUUUACAAGGCCAAAUAUGUGGAUGAUAAUGUGAUACCUGGGACCCAGGUCAAAACGUUGCGAGAGUGGCAACUAGACAGAGCACUGACUUUCCAUGACGGCCCUAAACCAUUCUAUAACAGAGUACCCAUGUUAAGAUCAGUAUUAUAA